AUGUCGAUCGACUUUGAUAUGCUCGAGGUCAUCGCUUCUACAUCGAAAUCCACGCAAAUCGGGGCGCGGAGUCCUCGAAAUACAACUCCCAAACAGUCGGCUUUCCUUCGACUGCCUCCGGAGCUCCGUCUGAAGAUCUACGAAUAUGCCCUGGCGGUCCCUAAUGAAUACACAGACCGUCCGCUGAUCGUCGUCGACGAUCGCGGCAACAGCUUCACCUCACGCGGACGGUUCCGCGCCCUCUCCAUGUGUCCCAGCUGGGUAGGGCAGGACGGCACGGCGCGCAAUCUGCUAUCUGUCAACCGCCAGAUCCACGACGAAGCAGAGGAUUUUCUCUACUCGCGCCACACCCUGUUCUUCCUGAACUCGUUCGAUCUGAGUCGUCUCGGCGCGUUCCUGGAUACCCUCAGCGCGACGGCGCGCAGCCGCAUUCGUAGCGUCGGCUUCGAGAUCCGCUUCUUUGUGCAUUCGCAGACGGGAGUGCCGAAGCGCGUGUUGAAGGACUACGAGCGCGCUGGACGGUUGCUCAUGGAGAAGCUGCCGCAGUGGUCUAGUGUCUUCUUUUAUCUGGAUCCGAGGUUCUACUAUCCGUCUGCUUCUGUGGGUGGGCGCGAGCUAUCGGCUCGUGGGGUCCUUUAUCUGGCGACGGUGUUUGGGGCGAUAAGGAAGGAUCUGCAUUUCUUUCCGUUGCCGUCGAUUCAUCGGCAUGUUAUGGAUGAGGCGCAGAGGUUGUUGAGGAGGGGGAGUCGGUCGUCGCAAGGUCGGCCUUCUCUUUGA